AUGUUCCGGCGCAACAUUGCCCAGCCGGUCACACGGCAGUUUAUUCUGCGCACCGCUGUACUCAACUUUCUGAGCAAGAGUCUGAAGCAGCAGUGGAAUGACCUGCGCCAGUUGAUCGCCCUCCUUGUACAGAGUGAGGAGUAUCAAAAGGACGAGGCCCAGCUAGUUGAGGCACUAGAGUUGAAGGUGGCCGCAUCGCAUCGUCUGCUGAAGCGCGAGUACGACGAAUUGUUCAUCUACAUGAUGGACAAGCGCGAUCUGUGGGACAGCCCGGAGUACUUCAAGGCCAAAGCGGCGCUGGGAGCGGCCAUCCACAACCUGCGGACGUGUGCACCCACCAAAACAAUGGACGAUGGCCAGCCGAGAUGAAGAGUUGCCAAACGAUAUAUAUAGACUUGCAUUCAAUCAGUAUAUACAUACACACAAAAAGCCAA